CCUGUUGCUUCAGGAGCACUCAGAAGCCUCCAGCUCUCCACCUUUCAUCAGCGACAGAGAACAGAACCAGAACCACCAUGAGCCACUCUUCAAUGCACUCCUCCACCUCCUACAGGCGCACGUUUGGAAGCCCACACCCCAUCACCCUGACCUCCUACAGCCCUGUGUCCUCCCGGGUCGCCUCCUCCGGAGGCCGCUACGUGCGCUCGGCCUCACCUGCGGUGGUGUCCCGCCCCACCGCCUACCACCAACAGCGUUCCCGCCCUCAGCCCCCUCGCCUCUCCUACGACAAGGUGGACUUCACCCUGGCCGAGGCCGUCAACCAGGAGUUCCUCGCCACCCGCAGCAACGAGAAGGCCGAGCUGCAGGACCUCAACGACCGCUUCGCCAGCUACAUCGAGAAGGUGCGGUACCUGGAGCAGCAGAACGGGGCCCUGCUGCAGGAGCUGAACCAGUUCAAGGGCCAGUACCAGCAUGGCCAGCCCAACCGGGCCACGGAGCUCUUCCAGGAGGAGCUGAGGGAGCUGAGGAGCCAGAUGGACGCUAUCGGCAAGGAGAGGGACCAGUACCAGCUGGAGCGGGACAACCUGGCUGAGGACCUGGCUCUUCUGAAGCAGAGGUUGGACGAAGAAGCCCAGAAGAGGGCAGAUGCUGAAAAUAACCUGGUUGCCUUCCGUAAGGAUGUGGAUGAUGCUACAUUGUCCCGUUUGGAACUGGAGAGGAAGAUUGAAUCCUUAAUGGAUGAGAUUGAAUUCCUCAAGAAACUCCAUGAUGAAGAGAUCCAAGACGUCCAGGUGAGUGUCCAGACCCAGCAGCUGAAAAUGGAGGUGGACAGCAGCUCAAGGCCGGACCUGACAGGCGCUCUGAGGGACAUCAGGGCUCAGUACGAGACCAUCGCCUUGAAGAACAUGCAGGAAUCUGAGGACUGGUACAAAUCCAAGUUUGCUGAUUUGACCGAGUCUGCAAAGCGCAACACUGACGCCCUGCGGCAGGCCAAGCAGGACGCCAACGAGUCCCGGAGGCAGAUUCAGUCUCUCAACUGUGAAAUUGAUGCACUGAAGAACACCAAUGAAGCUCUGCUGAGGCAGAUGCGUGAAAUGGAGGACCAGUUUGGCCACGAGAUUGGCAACUAUCAGGACAACGUAGGCCGACUUGAGGAAGAGAUUCGCCACCUGAAGGAGGAGAUGGCUCGCCACCUCCGGGAGUACCAGGACCUCCUCAACGUCAAGAUGGCUCUGGACAUCGAGAUCGCCACUUACCGUAAACUGCUGGAGGGGGAGGAGAGCAGGAUCUCUGUUCCUAUCUUCAACGUUGGCAUGAGCAAUCACCUUGGUGAGAGAGAUUAUGAAAAAACUCCAGACCCUCAACCCAAGAAGACCGUGGUCAUAAAAACAGUGGAGACCAAAGAUGGAGAAGUUGUGAAGGAAUCCAGGAAGGAGAAGGAUAGUGACUUCAGUAAAACCACCAAGGACGAGUAGAAAAAAAACUGUGACGUUAGAUAAUGUGCCAUGAUAGGAAACAAGAUGGUUAUAAAUAAAAACAUUUUAGGCACAUCUAGUUCUUAUUUCCAAUAGUUAUGUGUGUCAUUGUCUAGCAAUGUGUCCCUCAGCAAAGGUGCAAUGUAGGAUAAAUUUCUUUAGACAGUGUGACGCUGGUGCUAUAAAAGCCACCGAACUUUUGCUAAACGCAGGUCUGUUCAAACCCCCUUUAUUACUGUACCACUCGAGGCCUUGAUUUACAGUGCAAUCCUGUGAAAUUCUAUUCAACCAGAGCAGAUAAAUAAAACACAGGCUGAAACAAGUGGAUCAAUCCAGGAUUUUCGUACUGUAUGUCAGACURUAGGUAUGAUUCCUAAUAAACUUGCUGACACUGCCCUUUGGCCAACACACCUUAAAAGACAGAAUAAGAUUGAACUUAAUCYGUCUGCUUUUGUUUUAGAAGCUUUGCUAUCCUCUUGUUGUUUAAACAACGUUUUAAAAAAAGUCGUGGUUUAGUUAAUGAUUAUAUAAGACAGGAAAUGCUGAAACUGAAAAUGUGACCAUUUAAAUAAACUUUUGCUGAAUGUGCUUUUCAACGAUGUGUUUCUGGCAUAAGUAAUGGAAGAAAAUGUCUGUGCAAAUAAACUUCAUUAGAACAAGUA